CUUGGUGAUGCCCUGGAUGUUGUCCCGAAGAACCUUGCGGUGACGCUUGGCGCCUCCCUUUCCGAGUCCCUUGCCUCCCUUGCCGCGGCCAGUCAUGGUUCAGGUGGGUAGCUCAACAGUGGAGUGAGUGUUGGGCUGCCACAGCGUUCGCUCUAUAUAUGCAGAGCCAGAGGCUGCGGUGGUGGGUCUUUGGGCGAUAGGCUGGCUCUUGCCGUCUACUUCCGGACGGCCCAGUGACGUUGGGUGAGCCUCCACACGGUACUAGGCUCUAGCAUAUGCAGACAGCUCCAAGAGACCCCUAAAUUCCUCCAAUAGGGCUAGAUAGAUGCACUGCCUGACGGGGGCGGGCAAGCGCGGGACUAGGAGGCGGCGCACGCGCAGGACGCGGCGGACCACCGCUGCUCCCCCGGCCGCCAAAACUAUAAAAAACAGAAACGGCUGGGAAGACUCAACUGUUCUGUUCGUCCGUAGCCAUGGCCCGUACCAAGCAGACUGCCAGGAAAUCCACCGGUGGCAAGGCGCCCCGCAAGCAGCUGGCCACCAAGGCCGCUCGCAAGUCGGCCCCGGCCACCGGAGGAGUCAAGAAGCCUCACCGCUACAGGCCCGGGACCGUGGCCCUCCGUGAGAUCCGCCGCUACCAGAAGAGCACCGAGCUCCUCAUCAGGAAGCUGCCCUUCCAGCGUCUGGUGCGCGAGAUCGCCCAGGAUUUCAAGACCGAUCUCCGCUUCCAGUCCUCUGCCGUCAUGGCUCUGCAGGAAGCCUCCGAGGCCUACCUCGUCGGUCUCUUCGAGGACACCAACCUCUGCGCCAUCCACGCCAAGCGUGUCACCAUCAUGCCAAAGGACAUCCAGCUGGCCCGUCGCAUUCGCGGCGAGCGUGCCUAAGCGUCUGAGUACUACAAUC